CAAGACAAGACGUUCCAUAUAAGCCAGCACAUACCACCGAGUGGCAAGUGUGAGUUAGUACUUAAAGAUGAACAGUAGUUCACUGCUCUUCUUGGUGUCUUGCAAAUAAGUAUCAUAACGUAGGGGUUGAAAGAAUAGAUGCGGGUUGCUUUUAUAAGAAAAUAAAAAAAAAAAAAACACUUUUUAUAUUGUGUUUUCCUUUUAUCUUGUGUAUAGUUUUGAAAGCAUACAAAGUGUUUUUUCGAGAGUGAUUAUAUACAUAUAAAUGUAGUAUAAUGAGUGAUAAUAAACACAAUCUGGCAAAUAGAUAAGACUCUUAAAAAGAUAUAAGAUUAUUAUCUUUGAAAUACAAUUUAGAGUGGAAUUGAGAAUUGUUGUUAUUUAUUAUUUUUAACUUGAAGCUGCGAGUUCAACGAUAUAAUCAUAAGAAAGUUAAAUUUAAGAAGAUUAAAUGGCCACUGAAACAACAAGGCUGCUUUUGACAUCUGAAUAUGUUGUGGAUAUUUCCAAUGGUGCAGAUUGUUAUGAAUCCUUGGAUGAAAGUCACAAAUUGAAAAGUUUAAGUCUUGAAGAAUUAUUGCCAUUUCAAGAUGAUCCCUGGUGGCAAAAUGUGCGUAGAACUUUCUUUUUCUCGUUUUGGAUUACUGUGAUAAUAACAUUUUCUAGUGCAUGUAUACUUUCGGUGUUGCAGCAUGGAUCCUGUGCGGCAAUGAAACAUGAACUCCCCAAAACAACAACAAUGAUGGUUCCAGUAAUAACAACUUCAACAUUAAGUACUAGUAGUUAAAACUAUAAAAUUUAAGCAUGUUAGUUACUUUUUUUUGUUAAACAUUGUGCCUUUACAAAAACAAUUGUUUUCAUAAAAGAAAAAAAUAAAUUAUAUACAUAAGUAGUCC